AUGUCCUCUUUGAUUGUAAUGCACGAUUCGAGGAUGGUGCUGUUGGAGGUAGCCGUGCAAAAUCUGUACAUGCCAUGGACCGACGUGUUCGACGCCGCGCUCAUGAAGAAGACCGUCAUAAUGUUUCGAAUGCUGGACGACGAAUGGACCACGUUGUUUCCGAAUCGACGAGACUAUCGUGUUUAUCGGGGUUCUAAUUACGAGACGGAGUAUUUCUACGGUGGCCGAUCCGUGCUGUUCUCUAUACCGGAAACCACGCUGGAGGAGACAAUGUCCGGGGUAGACCUGCAGCUGUACGUUUACAAGGGUAUAUCCAAGUACUUCGAACUCCAGCCCCGGCGGAAUUUCGGAUUCACCCUCGUCAGGGUGGACGAUCUGUUUAACGGUAUUAUCAAGGACCUCUGCGAACGGAAGGAGCUGGAGGGUUAUUUUUCUAGCGCGCUGGAGCGGGAACCUAUAUCAAGGUCGACACGCGGCACGUUCCCUCUGCUCGACGAGGAUAUGCAGAAAACUGACGCCACCAUCGAGCUCUACGUACGCAUCAGUUACCUGGGCAAAUGCAUCAUAACCGAGGUCUACACCCCUCUAAGCAUACAAACCGCGUUUUACGCCCGCGAGGAAACCGACGACCACUACCAAUACCAGUUCCGUCAGUUGAACAACAUGGACCUGGAAUCCUUCUGUUGGGGCAGCAGAACGAUUAUCCCUCCGCUUCAUCCGGACCUACUGAUCUGUCGCUGCAAGGAACUCGAGACCCCCGUGGAAGAGGCCACGCAGACGAAGAAGAAGAAGAAACGCAAGCGCGACGAUCUCGAUUUCCGGAACAAAUUGGCCCGAGUACAGGAGCUACUGGCCCUGAUGAAGGAGCUGAGAAAGAAUCGCCCGGACACGAUAGCCCAAGGAGCGAAGGCAAAGAGCGUUUGCCCACCGUCACCGCGCGUCUGCCCUGCGGUGUGUCCACCUGUCUGCGUUUACACUAUGCCUUCCGUUUGUCCCAAUCCCUGUCAGACGGCCGUUUGCUGUCUACCGUCUGCCUGCAUGAACGCCACGUGA